AGUUCAUCACCUCCGCCAUCCAAGGAUGAUUGGAAUCACCUAGAAGAGAGAAUAAGAUUCCCGUGAGGUGACCGUGCUGCCUUACUGGGCACCAGCCCCCGCUGCUGGCUUCUUUUCUCCAGCUUGGGAAAAGUUUAGUAAGGAAAGAAGAGUAUGGCGAGGAGUGGGGGUGGGGCGAGGGCCGGGAAUGCCAGGUCUAAGGAAAGAAAGGCCUGAGGCGGGAGGGAAGGAGAGGGAUGAAAAACCACAAAAGUCUUGGUGGAGAAGGAGGGGCUUCAGGGCUGAAGUGUCUCAAGCUCCUCCUGGAGGGAGCUGGAGGAGGGGCAGCCGGGACCCAGGCUUCUUCCCUCUGACCUUCAGAGCUGACCUGGGAAGUCACUGGUUCCUGCAAAAGACUGAGGACCUAAGGGGGUGCUACAUCCCAGUGGGACAGUUUCCAGUCUUUCCCUAGAGAUUUAAGAUGUGGUGGACGCUGAUGCUGCAACUGCUGCAGCUCCUGCUUCAACUGCAAAUGGUGCAGAGUCACAGCCUGGAGGGACUUUCCCAGCACCAGAUCCCUCUCUUCCGACUCACUCAGCUGGGAGUCUGGGACAGCCACGACCGCCGCCCCAACGACUCUUCCUGCGAGGGGCUCCCGGCCGCGGGAGCCACCACCCUGAACCUAGCGAACCGCAGCCUGGAGCGCCUGCCUAGCUGCCUGCCGCGCACGCUGCGCAUCCUCGACGGUAGCCACAACCUGCUGCACGCUCUUAGCGAACCUGUGCUCCGCCGCCUACCCGAGCUGAGCGUGCUCACGCUGCACCACAACCGCAUCUCCGUUCUGCACUGGGACGGCAGCACACCGACCGGGCUGCAUGAGCUCGACCUCAGCCACAACCUGCUGGCCGAGCUGCCGCCCUGCUCCGGGCUUUCGAGGAGCAGCCUGAGCUUGCUGUCGCUGGCCGGGAACCCACUGCAGGCGCUGCAGCCACGGACCUUCGCAUGCUUCCCAGAGCUUCAGUUUCUCAACCUCUCCUGCAGCAAGCUGGGCCACAUCGCCCAGGAGGCGUUCGCGGGGGUGGACGGUGGGCCCCUGGAGGCGCUAGAGCUCUUGGACCUGAGUGGCACGAACCUGGAAAGAGUUGAGUCUGAGUGGAUCAGAAACCUGCCAAAGCUCAAAUCCCUCUACCUGAGAAAGAUGCCCAGGCUGAAGACACUGGAGGGAGACAUUUUCAAGAUGACUCCCAACCUGCGGCUGCUGGAUUGUCAAGAAUCCCCAGCGCUUACUUCUGUCCACACGGAGAUCUUUCAAGACACACCCAACCUGCAGGUCCUUCAGCUCCAGAAUUGCAACUUGAGCUCCUUUGGUCCUUGGACUGUGAAUUCCUCCCAGGUCUUGUUGGUCAGCCUCUUUGGCAACCCUCUCAUUUGCAGCUGUGAGCUGGCUUGGCUUCUCUUGGAUGCAAGCAAAACUGUCUUACACAGGGCAGCAGAUACCACAUGUGAGCCUGCUUUAGGAUCCAAGGGCCCCUUCUCAGGACCUCUCCCCCUUUCCCACCUGUCUAAUGUGUGCAGGUCAGACCAAAGCACCACCCUCCUGGCUUCAAACCCACCCCACGACCAUCACUCAGUUUCUGCACCAUGGACACAGGAGCCUUCCAUUGGACAGAGCAGGGCCCUGUCUGCUCAGCCUGAAGGAAGCCAACAAAAUAUCACCAAAGUCCCCUCCCUCACCAUGGCUCCACCCACACAAGGAUCACGGACCUACAGAGAUACUUCAGAGGAAACCGCCCAGUCUACCACUAACUCUGAGAUAGUUUACAGUCCUUCCAGGGCUCUGCCUGGCACUGCCAGUUCAGGGGCAGAGCAGACUGACACAUAUAUCCUUGAGCCCAGUAUCUCAUCUGCCUCUACCCCAUUGGUCAGCAAAUACCUUGAACCCUCGCCUACUUCACCGAACCCCAGAAGCAUAUCUCAGAUCAACCAGAGGACCCAAGCUAACCCCAAGGCUUUCCACACAGAUCCUCCACAGGAUGAGAUUCCAGUUUUGCUGUUAGAUGAUGACAGCGAGGAGGAGACGACUCAGGACCAGGUGGCAGCACCUCGUCAGGACGUCUCUUGUGAUUACCACCCCUGCAGGCAUCUGCAGACCCCAUGUGCAGAGCUGCAGAAGCGCCUCAGAUGCCGCUGCCCUGGUCUCAGUGGACAGGAUACCAUUCCAGACCCUCCCAAGCUGCAGGGGGUGUCGGAGAUGACUGACACGUCAGUGCUCAUCCACUGGUGUGCCCCCAACUCAGUGGUGCUCUGGUAUCAGAUCCAUUACUUGGCAGAAGGAGGGUCUGGGAACCGAUCAGUAACGGACAUCUAUGCUACUGCCCGACAGCACCCCCUGUACAAGCUGUCACCAGGCACCACCUACCAUGUGUGUGUACUGGCAGCCAACAGGGCCGGCCUGAGCCAGCCACAGACCUCGGGCUGGGGUAGGUCAUGUGCCACCUUCACAACCAAGCCCAGCUCCGUGGUCAUCUUCUGGGGACUGUGUACUGCCAGUGGUCUGUUACUGGUUAGCACCCUGGUGCUGUCUGUGUGUCUCUGGAGGCAGCGGUGGAAGCCACACAGGCAGUUCCAUGACACACACCUGGUGGCCUUCAAGAACCCAGCCAGGUCUGAAGAAGUAACUCAGUGGUAGUGACUUCCUGGCCUGUACAAGGCUUGGGUUUAUCUCCAGCAUUCGUUGGAGGCCUUGCGUUUAUUUCCAGCAAUCAGAGUAAACAAACCAUCAGCCUUUGACCACCUGUGGAGGCUCCAGAACUUAAAUUAUCCCAGCGUCUCUCACUCAAAGCACAUCUGCUUGCAGGAAUGUUAUGUUGCCUAAGGAUAACAUGAGUUCCACAUUCUCUGAAGCCACCACAUCUCAAGCCCACACGGAACUACACUGCUUCCUCCUCUUGAAGGAACGAGUGUCACCGUUGCAUGUAGUUUUAAGAGACCAUGCUUGCUCCUUGCCUAGUCUUCUUGCCAGGUGCUCCGACUUAGCUCCCGCCUCCGAGAUCACACUGCUGCUGGCCCCACUUCUACCCUGCCCGUUCCAAGGCCAGGGUGGCUACAUUACUUUUCUACUGACAAAACACCGUGACCAAAGCAACUUAAGGGCUAUUUACUUGUGGUUCCAGAGGGUAAGAAGCUGGCAGCAGGUAGGAACAGCAGUUGGGGCUAAAAGUUGACAGUUCAAAUCUUGAAUCACAAGCAAAAGCUUUUGGCAAACUGGGAAUGGCAUGUGACCUUGAAAGCUCAGAGCCUGUCCCCAGUGACGCACUUUUUUCCUAAACCAAAAAUUCAAAACACCUGAGACUGGGGACAUUCUCAUCCAAACCACCACCGUGGCUAAGCUGAUGUUCUGGGAUGCAAAGACAGGACCAGCAACAGUUGCACAAUGCAAUAAAGCCUAUGUUUCUGUCUCUAA